AUGAAUAGGUUACCCGAUUCAGUGGGUCAUCUUCAUAAUUUGCAAACACUGAUAUUACGCAAUUGCUAUAGACUUGUUGAGUUGCCUAUGGGAAUUGGAGGCCUCAUCAACCUUCGACAUGUUGAUAUUUCUGGUGCAGUUCAACUACAGGAGAUGCCCCCUCAAAUGGGAAACUUAACCAAUUUGCAAACAUUAUCCGACUUUAUUGUGGGCAAAGGUAGCAGGUCGGGUAUCAAAGAAUUAAAGAAUUUGUUGGGUCUCCAAGGAAAGCUUUCCAUUUCAGGGUUGCAUAAUGUGGUAGAUAUUCAAGAUGCAAGGAGUGUUAAUUUACAGAAGAAGCAGAACAUCAAAGAGUUAACACUGAAAUGGAGCAGUGAUUUUGGUGAAUCAAGAAAUAAAAUGAAUGAGACGCUUGUUUUAGAGUGGCUACAACCUCAUAGAAAUCUGGAAAAGCUCACCAUUGCAUUCUAUGGUGGACCAAACUUUCCAAGUUGGAUAAAGAAUCCCUCAUUCCCUUUAAUGACACACUUGGUUCUCAAGAAUUGCAAGAUAUGCACAUUGUUACCGGCUCUCGGCCAAUUAUCCUUACUCAAAAACUUGCAUAUCGAAGGGAUGAGUGAAGUUAGAACCAUAGAUGAGGAGUUUUAUGGAGGGAUUGUCAAGUCUUUUCCAUCCUUGGAGUUUCUGAAGUUUGAAAAUAUGCCAACAUGGAAAGAUUGGUUUUUUCCAGAUGCAGAUGAACAAGUGGGACCAUUUCCAUUCCUUCGAGAACUUACAAUAAGGAGAUGCUCAAAGCUAGGAUUUGCAUCUCUUGGUGAAUUAAGUUUAGAAGAAUGUGAAGGGGUGGUGUUCAGAAGUGGGGUUGGUAGUUGUCUUGAAACAUUAGCUAUUGGACGGUGUCACUGGCUUGUAACGUUGGAGGAGCAAAUGCUACCUUGCAAACUUAAAAUUUUGAAAAUACAAGACUGUGCUAACCUGGAGGAGCUGCCAAACGGAUUGCAAAGUCUCAUUUCUCUCCAAGAGUUGAAAUUAGAGAGGUGCCCCAAACUGGUUUCAUUUCCAGAGGCCGCUUUGUCACCCUUGCUCAGAUCUCUGGUGCUGCAGAACUGCCCAUCUCUCAUAUGCUUUCCAAAUGGUGAGCUGCCCACCACGCUCAAGCAUCUGAGGGUUGAAGAUUGUGAAAAUUUGGAGUCUCUACCAGAGGGAAUGAUGCACCACAAGUCCUCUUCCACUGUAAGCAAAAACACUUGUUGCCUUGAAAAAUUGUGGAUAAAGAAUUGUUCCUCUCUCAAGUUCUUUCCAACAGGGGAGUUACCCUCCACCCUUGAGCUCCUUUGUAUUUGGGGAUGUGCAAACUUGGAGUCAAUGUCAGAGAAAAUGUCACCCAAUGGCACAGCUCUUGAAUAUUUAGACAUAAGGGGCUAUCCAAAUCUGAAAAUCCUACCAGAAUGCCUUACAAGCCUCAAGGAGCUCCACAUAGAAGAUUGUGGAGGUCUGGAGUGUUUUCCAAAAAGAGGGUUGUCCACCCCCAACCUCAGGCACCUUCGUAUUUGGAGAUGUGUGAAUCUCAGGUCCCUUCCGCAUCAAAUGAAAAACCUCACAUCUCUUCACGUUCUCAGCAUACGGGGUUGUCCAGGAGUGGAGUCCUUUCCAGAAGCGGGCUUGCCCGCCAAUCUAACAUCACUUUAUGUUGGAUGGUGUGAGAAUCUGAAAAAACCCAUAUCUGAAUGGAGCCUCUAUACCUUCACCUCUCUUUCUGCAUUGACCAUUUGUAGAGUGUUUCCCAAUAUGGCUUCUUUUUCGGAUGAAGAGUGUCUGCUUCCUCCAUCUCUGACCUAUCUUUCCAUCAGUGAACUGGAAUCUUUAACCUCCAUGGCUCUCCAAAAUCUGGUGUCUCUAAAAGAACUAGCUUUUUAUUGGUGCCGCAAGCUCAGGUCCUUGGAGCUGCCUGCAACACUUGGAAGACUUGAAAUCAGUGAUUGUCCUAUAAUAAAAGAAAGCUGCUCAAAGGAGAAGGGAGGAUAUUGGCCCAACAUCGCCCACAUCCCCUGCAUUCAAAUAGAUGGCUCAUACAUCCAUUGAAAGAUAGCAGAGUCAGAUUGAAAUACACUUUUCUCUUGUCAAGAAGGAGGAAUCCUUUCAAAUUCAUGCUUACAUUAUUCAGUCAGACUGAGAUUGAAUUACAACCCCCUUCUGCUUUUCUAGCCUUUGUUUACUUUCCAAUAUUUCCAAUAUUUCGUGCUCGAAAGUAUUUCAAGAGAUCCAAUGAUUCUGAAAUUGUAUGUAAUUAUUUCUCUUCAUAAUGCUGGUGAAGUUAUAACCAAUUUAUGUUCUUGCCUCAUACAUUCAGAGGGAUACGGCUUGGUAGAGAUGUGGCAGGAAGCAGAGGGUGAAGAUGACAGAAGAUCUUUGACAGAGGUUACUCACUGAGCUGGGGGCUAGGGAUUUGAGCACAUAGCUUCUUACAAAGAAGUUACUUCCCAAUAUUGUGGGAGUAUUGUGAUUUGAUUGUAUUGUCUUACUAUGAAAGUGGGGUGAUCAAAUUGACCACAUUGGUGAUGAUCAAUAAAGCCACGGGAAUGGUUAGGAUUAACAUUUA